UGGGGCGGAGGCAGCGAGAAGCCCUGGACUCCAGCUCCCAGGGUGGCACAAGGCCAUCCCAACUGGUCCCGCUCAGGGGACCCCGGGGCCCAUGGUUACCAGGAUGCUCUGGGCACUGCCCAAGAAUGUAUGCUGGCUCUGAAAUUUUGGGUUGCUUCCUGGUCCCACAAGCCUCUGUCCCCUGCUAUUGAGAUGGGCUGUUGGAGGCCAGGUGACCUGCAUGCCCUCUCUGGGGGACAUUCUUGGAAAGGAUCAUUUGGAGACCAGUGAGAGACUGAGAGGGAGAGCUCUCAGGUCCUGGACUUGGCCCAGACAGAAAGUAUAACACCCGCUUGCCUAGGAGAGCCUUUGCCUGACUCUGCGCCCAGAGCCAGGCUCUGCUGCCCAGCCGCCUGACCCGGGUCCUUCCUUCUGCACUGUCUUGCUCCUGGGACAGCGCCAGGCUUGGAUACCAAAGCCCUAGAGUCCUCAGUGCUGGGAAGAGGUGAAGCGGCAAGAAGGUAGCAGGUGGCCAGGCAGGCCAGGGCAGGAGAUGCAGAGCACAGCCAAUUAUCUGUGGCACAUGGACGACCUGCUGGGGCAAGGGGCCACUGCCAGCGUGUACAAGGCCCGCAACAAGAAAUCUGGAGAGCUGGUGGCUGUGAAGGUCUUCAACUCCGUCAGCUACCUGCGGCCCCGAGAGGUGCAGGUGAGGGAGUUUGAGGUCCUGCGGAAGCUCAACCAUCAGAACAUCAUCAAGCUCUUUGCAGUAGAGGAGACGGGGGCCAGCAAGCAGAAGGUGCUGGUGAUGGAGUACUGCCCCAGCGGGAGCCUGCUGAAUGUGCUGGAAAGCCCGGAGAAUGCCUUUGGGCUGCCGGAGGAGGAGUUCCUGGUGGUGCUGCGCUGUGUGGUGGCUGGCAUGAACCACCUGCGGGAGAAUGGCAUCGUCCACCGGGACAUCAAGCCCGGAAACAUCAUGCGCCUGGUUGGGGAGGAGGGCCAGAGCAUCUACAAGCUGACGGACUUCGGGGCCGCCCGGGAGCUGGACGAUGAGGAGAAGUUCAUAUCGGUCUAUGGGACAGAGGAAUACCUGCACCCCGACAUAUACAAGCGGGCAGUGCUGCACAAGCCUCAGCAGAAAGCAUUCGGGGUAACUGUGGAUCUCUGGAGCAUCGGGGUAACCCUGUACCAUGCAGCCACCGGCAGCCUGCCCUUUGUCCCCUUUGGUGGGCCACGGCGCAACAAGGAGAUCAUGUACCGGAUCACCACGGAGAAGCCAGCAGGGGCCAUUGCAGGUGCACAGAGGCGGGAAAAUGGGCCCCUGGAGUGGAGUUACAGCCUCCCCAUCACCUGCCAGUUGUCCACGGGGCUACAGAGCCAGUUGGUACCCAUCCUGGCCAACAUCCUGGAGGUGGAAGAGGCCAAGUGCUGGGGCUUCGAUCAGUUCUUUGCGGAGACCAGUAAUAUCCUGCAGCGGGUCGUAGUCCACGUCUUCUCCCUGUCCCAGGCCAUUCUGCACCACAUCUACAUCCAUGCCCAUAACACGAUUGCCAUCUUUCUGGAGGCUGUACAUGAGCAGACCAAUGUCGCCCCCCAGCAUCAAGAGUACCUCUUUGAGGGUCAUCUUUGUGCCUUCGAGCCCAGCCUCUCAGCACAGCACAUUGGCCACACGACUGCCAGCAGCCCCCUGACCCUAUUCAGCAUGGCCAAUGACACCUCCAAGGGGCUGACCUUCAGGGAUCCUGCUGUGGACAUCCCCAAGUUCGUCCCCAAAGUGGACCUGCAGGCAGAUUAUAGCACUGCUAAGGGUGUGCUAGGCGCUGGUCAUCAGGCACUGAGGUUGGCGCGAGCUCUGCUGAGUGGGCAGGAGCUGAUGCUACGGGGUCUGCACUGGGUCGUGGAGGUGCUCCGGGCCACGUGCAGGCAGACCCUGGAGGUCACCAGGACCAGCCUCCUCUUCCUCAGCAGCACCCUGGCCACUGAGAGGUCCAGCAGCACGGCCAGGACACUGGAGAUGCCUGAGGUUCGCGAGCUGAAGAGGGCCACAGAGCUGAGGGACAAGCUACAGACUCUGGCUACGGUCCUCUCCAGAUGUUCUCAAGAUGUUGCAGAGACCCAGGUGAGCCUGGGCCACCUGAGCUUGGAGCUGGCGAAGAACCGGGAUCAGGUACAUGAAGACAGAAGCACCCAGCAGAUCCAGAGUUGCCUGGACAAGAUGCACGUCAUCUACAAACAGUUCAAGAAAUCUAGGAUGAGGCCAGGGCUCAGCUACAACGAGGAACAGAUUCACAAACUGGAUAAGGUGAAUUUUAGUCAUUUAGCCAAGAGGCUCCUGCAGGUGUUCCAGGAGGAGUGUGUGCAGAGGUAUCAGGCAUCCCUCCUCACGCACAGCAAGUGGAUGAGAGAGGUGCAGGAGACCAGGAACCAACUGCGCCUGGCCAGCUGGUCUGUGGCCACCUGCAACACAGAGGCCCAGGGAGCCCAGGAGAGCCUGAGCAAGAUCCUUGACCAGCUCCUUCAGGACAGGACCAUGGGGGCUGAGGUCUCAUCACACACCACGACUCCUCCUCCUGGCGGUGCUCCAAAGGAUCUGGUUAUGCACAUGCAGGAGCUCUAUGAGGAGAUGAAGCUGCUGACCUUUGACCUGCAGGACAACAACCACAUCAUCAAGCGGCUGAGCGGAGCCCCACCCACCCCUGAUGUCUGAGCUCCCCGGAGUGCUCAAGAUCUCUAGAAGCAUUAGAGGGCCUGCAAGCUGCUCUGCUGCCCCGGGGGACAAGCCCAGGGCAAGAUCCAUCCCCUCUCCUCAGCCUACUACCUCCGUCCCGACACAGCCAAGAGAUGUCCCAGCAUUACGGUGCACUGCCUGUGCCCCUGGCCAUCUCUGUUAGGACCCGUAACACCCUGGCAGCUACCACUGGGCUGGCCUUUGUGCCUCAUCCUUACUCCUGGCCCAGCGGGCUAAGCCUCCCUAGAUGUCUGCAGUGGAGGCCGAGGCUGACCCAGCACACGGAUCUUCCUUCCUCUUUGAGUGUUCCGCAGGGAACAGAUCACCACCCUCAGCUGCAGGUGACAGAGCCUCACAGCCUUCUGCUCAGGAUGCAGGGGGCGCAGGAAGAUGCUAGCAGCUUGGAAACCUUUCCAUCUCUCUCUCUCUCUGAGUGGCCACAGCAUGGGUCCUGGACACUGCCGGGGGCAUCCAUAGGCAGCUGUGCCAAUAGGCACCACCUGGAGGGGCCAAGCCAAGCGCAGAGAAGAGGCCUGCACCCUCCAGGGUAGAAUAAAUGUU